AGUUCUUUGAUCUAAAUUUAAUAAUUUAUUAUGAUUUUGUUUUCUUGAUAGUAUUACUUAAGAAACUCAUGGAAUGAUGGUAGUUUACUCUUGAGUCUUGAGUCUUUCUUUACCAUCCAUCCCUUCUAUUAUAUAUAUUAUAAAUACAAAUGGUGGAAUGAAGUCAUAUAUACAUAAUAAGUAAUACAGAACCGUGGUCGACAUGGAUUGGUUCUCAUGGCUUUCAAAAAGUGGGCUUGAGGCAUCCCUAGUGUAUGAGUAUGGCCUUACCUUUGCUCACAACGAGCUUGAAGAAGAAGACAUGUUUUACUUCAACCACGAGUUUCUCCAAAGCAUGGGAAUCUCCAUAGCAAAGCACAGACUAGAGAUCCUCAAGCUUGCCAGAAAAGAGAAGGGAAAGAGGCCACUCGCGGUGGCAAGGCUCGUGGCGGCAAUCAAGAAGACUAAGAACACCUUUGCUAACUAUGUUAGGACUUUGCUGAUGCACAAACAAGAAUCAGCACUUGCUGUGGUGCCGGUGCCAGUGCCUACUAGAAGUGGUUUGGGGACAAGAUGGAACAAGAGUGCUAUGAUGAAGAGGGGGCGUAAAAAGCAAGAGACACUCUUUCUCACAAAUGGAAGUUCCACACUUGUUCCAGCUCAGCCUGGUUUUUCUAGUCCUGUGGUCUACCAUUUCCAGAAGGAGGAGAAGAUGGAUGGAGAUGAAGAUGAUGGCUAUUGGUCUGCUGCUGUUGAAGAGAUCAAGUGGGAUACCAUGUUCCAGGAUCUCAAGCCAAACUGAAACUUUUAAAUUAGUUGGUGAGAAAGAAAGAUUUGAGUGUUUUUCUUCUUACAGAUACUGGUGGUGGGUAAGUUUAGCACCCUGUAUGUUCUAUACUAUAGUAUCCAGCUUGUUUCUUUUGCUUGUACUAUUAUAUGUGAUCAGGGUAAAUUACAUCUUCAUGAGCAGAGUAAUAUUGAGGUAGACAUUUUAGCUAGGUUGUUAUAUAGCAGCAAGAGCCAACAAGUAUAUAAUUUGAAUUUUGAAGCAUAAGCAGUUAGGCUUGAGUCUGCCUGACUUUACUUUAGGCACUGUAUUAUGUUAUGUCUGAUGGGAAUGAUCAUAUUAACAGACUAUAUUUGAUUUGAUUC